AUGCUCGAUGACGAUUCACCCGAAGCGCCUCGCCCCGCCCACUGUUGGACCCGCACCCAAGUUCGGGGCCCUGCGCCACGGGGAGGUGGCGGCGUCGGUGGGGCGGGCGGCUUUGUGGCGCGCGCGGGUUCCAUCGCAGGCGGCGCGGAGGCGGGGCCGGGCCGAGGCGUCCACCGCCCCCGGCACUGGGCAGGGCUUCGGGCGCCGCGCAUGGCCGGCCCCGCAAGGUCUGGCUUCCCCUCGCACACGAAUAGCCGUCUGGACGCGUUCCUGCGGAGGCAGCUGCUCCCCGAGGUCUACGACGCCAUCCGCGCCUACGAGCCGUGCAUCGUGGUGUCCGAGUCGGAGAAGCACGCCUUAAAGUACGUGGUGCUCAGCGAUCGGCUCAUCUACCUGACCGAGAACCCGCCCAAGUCCAUCCGGCGAGCCCUGGCGCUGCGGGACGUCGUGGCCAUUGACCUGAUUGAUGAUUACCCACAAUUUUUGAGUCCACCAGAUAGAGAAACCAACCAACAUAUUCGUAUCAUCCAUUCUUCAAAUGUUUUAAAAAAAGAGCAUGAAAAAUCAAAAGGUGUCAAGAAAUUCUCAUUUCCAUUUCAUCAUGGUACUUCUGACAACAAAAAAGUCAAAGAAGAGAUUAAUGGUUCUGUCUUUUGGAGAGGCAAAGAGCCCAGAAAUUUGAAUGAAUCCUCUCUCAGGUACCACCAAGAGAGUAGAACACCAUCCAAGGACUCUACAUUCUGUCCUUCAGACCUCAAGAAUCUGUCUUCUCAUGGCCAAAGUGCCCUUCGACCCUUACCGACCCCCUCCAGGAGGAGCUGUCAGUCCACAUCAGCUUCUGGAAAGGCUGUCAGCAUGCCAUCUUGCACAACCAACACAAAAGAACCCAAGGGACUUCCAGAUCACAAAGGUUCUCUAAGUGAAAUCCCUUUCAAGUGCAAUGGGAACGGAAAUGAGUUUCACUUAGGAAAUUCCUCCCUGGCCUCCCCUUUACAGAACAACCCAAACCUAGAGAAAAAGGCAUCAGAACUUCAUUUGUACAUUAUUUCCACAACCUCAUCAAUAUUUCUGCACUUAAAAAGUUCAUGGAACAAUUAUAUUAUAAAAGCUACUCUUUUACAAGAUCCCUUAUAUGUUAGUGAGCUCAGUCCUGCUAUUGGAACUCAAAAGCCAUAUAGAUCUGAGGAGAAAAUAAAGCACUUCAGUCAACUGAAAUCUGAACUUUUUCUUAAAGACAAUACUUUAAGGAAGAUACUUUGCUUGAUUACAGAACUUAAAGUAGCAGCCCAGAAAAACUUCAUUCUGAAACGGCUUUUCUGGAAAACCAGUGACCUUUUCUAUUUCCUGGUGAACAAACUUCAUGAGUACUUGCCAGAGUCUAGGGAUAAGAGCUCACUUCAAAAUAAAAGCCAAAGGGCCGAUGAGCUGGUAGCAUGCAUUGAAAUUAUACAGACUCUGGGACUGAUGUUCAGAGAAACAGAAACUGAGUCAUCGCGCCUGAACACGUUGGCAGCUAAGAAGGGAACACUGUUUAAUCUUUUGGUAAUUUUAAUUAGUGAACCUCGGAUUCCAAAAUCUUGUCCUGUGUUUGAUAUCCAGUUGGUGGCUGAUUCAACUUUAGUUGAGAUGUCUUUUGAUGCUAAGUUACAGAAGCUUAUUGUGGAAUAUACAGACACAGCUACAGCACUUUUAUAUGAGAUACUUCUUGUCUUUCAGCAGGGAAAUCUUGGAUUGGGAACCACUAAGUUUGCUAUUAGCUGGAUGAUGUCCUUCCUCCAGAGUCGUCCUCCCACAAUCACUUUCGUGGCCAGUAUUGUGAAGCAAAUGGUAAAGGGGCUUUCAGCUUCAUUUCCGUUGCUAAGUCCGAGCCAAGCAGUUCUGCUGUAUCAGCAAUUUUACAUCCUCAGGAGCUGCCUGCAGCACAGCAAGACUUUGGCUGAGUAUAUUAGGAACGACUAUGGAGAAGAAUUCAGGUACUUUAUUCACAUGCCAGCCUUGGAAAAAAGGCUCCCAUUGUGGUACCCUCUUACCCAACCUACCAUUCAACUUUUUCAUGAAGUUCUGAAAUUAGUUGAACAGAAACAAUGUAUGAAAUAUUAGUAAGAAUCUAAAAUGUUAACCAGGAGUCAACCUAAUAUUUAUGAGAAAACCUGUUUGAUUUGUUUAAUAUCUGGAUAUCCCUGUGUCUCAUAAACAGAUUUUUUUUUAAUGUUCCAACAAUUCCUGUAAGAGAAGUCCUGAAAGUUUUUUAUCUGCCACGAAAAAGAAACUUUAAAUACACUGACACUCAUAAAGUGAUGCUAAAAACAAAUGUUCCUCUCGAAAAGUUCCUAAAAAUAAAAAACUACAAAGGGAACAGAAGGCCAUGGAAAACAACUGUAGAAAGUACAACCUGAUCAGUUUUGUUGGUGUAAUAAUGGUGAGCGGUAGAAAGUCACUGAAAUGUCCAAAGAUAAACUGUGGUUUACAAAGUGAUCAUGACAAGAAAUGCCGAGCAGCAGGCUGACACCCUCCUUCUUCAUCUGUAAAAAUUCUAGUGAAAUAAGUAUUCAUGGGAGAAUGAGCAGAAGAACACAGGCAUAACUGUAAGGAAGGUCAGGUCCUCAUUUAUCUUAGGGAAGGAAGCUUGGACUUUCUUCAGCACAAUUAAGUGCAUUCUGGUGCUCAGUUCAGGCACCUGUGGGCUAGUGCAAGCAAUCUCAUAGAGUCUCCACAGAGGAGAAAUCUCUAAGCAGUUAUGGCUCUCCCAACCAUUCGGAAAAAAAUGUCUUCACUAUAUCUCAUGGCAAUAAAAUAAUCCAACAAAAACUUCAUUUUAAGCUAUUGAAUUUGGACUUUCAAGAACUUAGAAAGUGGGUCCUUUAUUUGACCUACCAUGACUUGAAGGAGGAUCAGAGAAAACCCCAAAGAAAGAGCUUCCAAACCAGAUGUGCCCAGGCUGUGCACUGUAGAGAGGAUUAAACUCACUCAUGACAUCUGGUAAUGCAUUGUAGCUGAGCCAUUAACCAGCUACUUGACCCCAAACAAGUAGUCUACUCUGCUGUGUGGAAGGGUGGGACGAGAUGUUCCGCAAGCUCCAACAUUCCCCCUUCUUAAUGCUCUGUGAUGGGGCAGUGCCUUCCUCUGCUAUCCUGGUUCAUCGGGUGACUUCACGUGGAUUCCAAAUAAUCCUGCUUUCUUCAGACUGAACAAUUCCCUUUCAGCUGUCCCCAAUAUCAGCCCAUAAAGCGUCCAAGCCCUCUCCACCAUCACCUAUCAAGGACUACAAGUCUAGUUUCCAGUGUGAGGGCAGUGAUGGAGGGCGUGGAAUGGUGUCUGUGAGUGUCCUGGGCUAUCAGAUGAGGGAAUGUUCCCAGGAAGAUGGUCAGUCAGAAGCAUACGAAAAGAUUUUGGGGACAAAGGCAACAAGACUUCAAACUGGACUAAUGAUGGACAGUGGGCUGUCCACUGGUGAAUGGCGGAACCCACAGAAUGACAAGAGGGUCAACUCAGCUCUGCCUCAGCUUCUAAACAGUGCCUUGGCUCUGGGUCAGUAGCGGUGCCAGCUCCAGAAAGGGCUUGGGCUUCCCUCCCAUUGUCUGAGGUGCAGGAUGCCUAUUCGCUCCCACUGUUCUCUUUCCUUUGAGAGCAUGCUUUAUCAGAUCCAUGGGAGGAAAGCUCUGUCAGAACGCAUCUGCGUCCUUCCAUGUAGGGCUCCAUCAGUGGCAUUCUUGAAAGCUAAUGGCUGCAUUUUUGUCAUCCCGAUUUUCUUAUGGCAUUUGUCUAUUUGUUUGCACAGUGUGGGAGGGGAACCCCCAAAUCAACACUUGAAAGGGUUAUCCUGCUACAGUUCUUUCCCACUCUUUUUUGCAUUACUGCCAAAGCCAAGAAAGUCAUGAAAUAAUCCGUCUCUCUUAGUGAGCAGGCACAUUUGAUUGACUAAAUAUUGACUUCAAUUACAGAAUGCUUUUAGGAAAUCUAACUGUAGAAAAAUUUUGCAUACGAAAAUCACGUAUAUAACUUUUUACAAAUACAAAGGGUCAUCAAAAACAGAAGCACACAUAGCUAGUUUUAAGGCUGGGCUGAAGAUUCUAGACUCUUUGGCCACUUUUAGAAUACACAAGUAUUGCCGUUUACCACCCGCACUAAAAGUAAAUUCAUGGUAGUAAGCUCUACCGCUUUGUAUAUAAUAUAUGUGUGCAUUGUAUGUGUAAACACAUAUCUAUAAUGGGGGUAAGAACAUG